AAUAGAUUUUACUAAUGUCAAAAUUGUUAAUAUAAUUACGCAAAAUUGUUUGUACUAAAUCAUUCGGUCAAAUUUACAAAAAAUGCGCAGUAAGUACGAAAAUCUAAAGCUUUUCAAAGUGUGCGAACCGCGUGCUUAAAAUGGCAUGCCCAAUAUUGCCCUCAAAGUUGAAGACGGAGGAAAUCAUAAAAGGGGCCCAUGUAUUAGGUCCGGGGAUAGAGGCUAAGUUCGACGAGUUGAAAUGUGAGAUUCUACACAAAAUCGAGAAGGAAGUUACCGAUUCGAGCAACGCAAGACUAUAUAUAUCGCAGAAAUACGACGAACUUAGCAACAAAAUACAGUAUCUCACUGAAUUGGACGCUACAGUUACCGGAUUUAGAAGUGAUGUAAAGGCCAUCGAGAGACACAUCAUAGAACUAGCGUCGAGAGUCGACGGUAUGGAGAAGAGACUCAUUUGUAAGGAGUGUCCAUCCAUUACGUCAUCAGUACUCGGAGUUCCUAAAUAAAAUGCAUCACAAAUAUCUGCCUCAUAUUUUUCUUUUAAUAUUUUCGGGGUUGGUUAAUCGUACGAGGAUGGAAAUUUAAAAGUACAGGAGGAUUUGACCAGUUUUUUCGAAAAAUGACUUAAUAUUUUGUAUUUUAAUAAAAAUAAAU